UAUUUAAUUUUUGCGGAGCGUGACCUUAGCCACACACUUUGUGACAUAACAAUGUCGGGUCAAAUUACAUUUGAAAUUACAAAAAACGUGUAAAAUUCGAAGUUUACAAAUUACCAGUUUCUAGUGCUUAUUACUCUACUAAUUAUUUAUUACAUAAUUUAGGAUUCGUGAAAAAAUGGGGAACACAGUCUCAGCGGCGGAAAUCGCCGCCACGCAAAUCAUGCACCCUAACACAACUCUGCACCAAAAUGCGAAAAAGCACGAGUUUCACAGAAGUUUCACCCACGGGGAGAUCCCACCGGAGUGUCCCAUGCACCGGCCCAAGGGGGCCUCGGAGUGUCCCGUGAACCACGGCGAGAUUAACCCCCUUAACAUGAUGGGCCCCGCGAACCAAAACCCGUCCCCUGGCCAACCCUUCCCUCUCCCGACUGAAAGACAAGUCUCCAACAUUCCGAGAGCCAUCGUCCAGGACGGUGACAGCCCCUUUUGGGUGUACCCCAGCCAACAAAUGUUUUGGAACGCCAUGCUGAGGAAGGGGUGGCGUUGGAAGGACGAGGAUGUGACCCAGAAGGACAUGGACGAUAUUAUAAAAAUCCACAAUGCAAAUAACGAGCAAGCGUGGCUGGAAGUCCUCAAAUGGGAGGCACUUCAUGCCAAGGAGUGUGGGGCCCCAAAACUGAAAUCUUUCGGCGGGAAAGCGACCACUUACAGUCCUAGGGCGCGAAUUCGGUGGUUAUUGGGGUACGAAUUGCCGUUUGACCGCCACGACUGGAUCGUGGACAGGUGUGGAAAGGAAGUGAGGUACAUUAUCGACUACUAUGAUGGGGGCAUGGUUGACCAGAAGUAUCAGUUUGCGCUGUUGGACGUGAGGCCCGCCAUGGAUAGCUUUGAAAACAUUUGGGACAGGAUGACUGUGGCGUGGUGGCGGUGGAGGUACGGCGACUGAACCAUGAACAAGCACCCAGUAGUCAAGUCUUUGCCCGCAUUGUGGUUUUGUAUUUAUCGUUAAAUAAUAAAAAAACUUUGAACGUU